AUGCCCGGGACCCUCUGGCAAAAGUGGCUGGCAGGCAAGGGACUGCCCCUUCUUGGAGCAGUGCUGCUGCGGAAGAGAGAGAAGAGGGGAGCGCAAUGGAGGCAUUGGCAGCGAGAAACCCACCCAUAUUACGACCUUCAGGUGAAAGUGCUGAGGGCCAGAAACAUCCAGCACACCGAUCUGUUGUCCAAAGCUGACUGCUAUGUCCAACUGUGGCUGCCCACAGCUUCUCCCAGCCCCACCCAGACGAGGACAGUGACUAACUGUAGUGACCCAGAGUGGAAUGAGACCUUCCAUUAUCGGAUCCAUGGUGCUGUGAAGAAUGUCCUGGAGCUUACCCUUUGUGACAAGGAUGUCCUGGACAGUGACCAACUCUCCGUACUUCUGUUUGAUCUGAGUAAUCUCCAGCCUGGCCAGCCUCAUACCCACAACUUCUCUCUGAACCAGCAGGAUUCACAAGAGCUGCAAGUGGCGUUUACUCUGGAAAAGAGUCAGAUGCCUGCAUCUGAAGUCAUCACCAAUGGGGUCCUGGUGGCUCAGCCCUGUCUGAGAAUCCAUGGGACGCUCAAGGGAGACAAGACAGCCUCACUUGGGGAGCACGGCUUGAGGCAGAUCCAGCUGGCAGUGCCUGGAGCCUAUGAGAAGCCCCAGCCAGUGUCUCUGCAGCAGACCACGGAGCCAGGCCUACCACCUACCUUCACCUUCCACGCCAACCCAGCGCUGAGCCCCAGACUGCAUGUAGAGCUGCAAGAGAAGCUCCUGGUUCUGCAGAGUGGCCCAAACGAUGAGCUGGAGGCUCAGACCAACAGGCUGAGCGAGACAGGCAUCUUGCUCUCCUCUCUGCCCCUCGGCCAGGAGGAACAGCACUUGGUGGUCCUGGAGGAGGGUCAGGAGGUGGCUCUGAGUGUGAAGGCAGAAAUGAGCUCUGGGGACUUAGACCUGCGCCUUGGCUUUGAGCUCUGCGAUGGGGAGCUGGAAUUUCUGGACAAGAGGAAGCAGGUUGUAUCCAAGGCCCUGCAGCGGGUGAUGGGAUUGCGCAAGGCUCUAUGCUGUGACCAGGUGCCUGUGAUCGCUGUGGUAGGCUCUGGGGGUGGAACCAGAGCCAUGACUUCCUUGUACGGCAGCCUGGCGGGGCUGCAGGAAGUUGGCCUUCUGGAUGCUGUGACCUACCUGAGCGGGGUUUCUGGGUCUACCUGGUGCAUCUCUACACUCUACAAGGAUCCAUCCUGGUCCCAGAAGUCUUUGCAGGGCCCCAUUGAACGUGCCUCGGCGCGAGUCUGCAGCAGCAAGAUAGGGAUGCUGUCUGCAGAGAAGCUGCAGUACUACUCCCAGGAAAAGGAGGCCUGGGAGAGAAGAGGCCACAACAUGUCCCUCACGGACUUCUGGGGCCUCAUCAUUGAGUAUUUCCUGAACCAGGAGGAAAACCCUGCCAAGCUGUCAGACCAGCAAGAAAUAGUCAGCCAGGGUCAGAACCCUUACCCCAUCUAUGCCAGCAUCAAUGUCCACACAAACGUCAGUGGGGAAGACUUUGCAGAGUGGUGUGAGUUCACCCCCUAUGAGGUCGGUUUCCACAAGUAUGGGGCUUAUGUUCCCACCGAACUCUUUGGCUCCGAGUUCUUCAUGGGUCGGGUGCUGCUGCGCUGGCCAGAGCCCCGCAUCUGUUACCUGCAGGGCAUGUGGGGCAGUGCUUUCGCAGCCAGCCUGAGUGAGAUCUUCCGGAAGAUGGGAGGCUCAGGCCUGCGCCUCCUGGACUCGUACAAAGAGAGUGUCAAUGUCACAGAUGACUGCCCAAAGUUCCGGUCGCAGGACCAGGACCUCACACGGCUGCGUACCAGGCUCUUCACCCCACACAGUCCCUUCUCUCAGGCUGUGCUGGACAUAUUCACCUCCCGCUUUACCUGUGCCCGGAACUUUAACUUUACCCAAGGCCUCUGCCUGCACAAGGACUAUGCGGCUAGCAGGGAGUUUAUGGCCUGGAAAGGUGUGUGGUACCAUGUGGGAGGGGGGAACUACAGACACCCUGAUGCCUGCCCCAACCAGCUCACACCCAUGAAGGACUGCCUGUGCCUAGUAGACGGAGGCUUUGCCAUCAACUCGCCAUUCCCGCUGAUCCUGCAGCCCCGGCGGGCUGUGGACCUCAUUGUGUCCUUCGAUUAUUCCUUGGAAUCCCCCUUUCAGGUCUUGCAGAUGACGGAGAAGUACUGCCUGGACCGUGGAAUCCCCUUCCCCAGGAUUGAGGUGGGCCCCAAGGACUUUGAGAACCCCCGUGAGUGCUAUCUGUUCACCAAAGCUGAGGACCCCUGCUCGCCCAUUGUGCUGCACUUCCCCCUUGUCAACAGGACCUUUCGCACACAUCUGGCCCCAGGUAUAGAACGACAAACAGCUGAGGAGAAGGCCUUUGGGGACUUCAUCAUCAACGGGCCAGACACCCCCUAUGGAAUGAUGGACUUCACCUAUGAGCCCAAGGAGUUUGAUCGGUUGGUGACCCUGAGUCGAUACAACGUCCUGAACAACAUGGAGACUAUAAGGCAUGCCCUUCAGCUGGCUCUGGAUCGACGACAGGCUGGGGAAGGGGUUGGGGGCUGA